CACCGUCGUUCUACCAUUGCUAUGGCACGGUUGUUCUUCAAUAAAGGUAAAAUUUUCCCGACUUUCUAUUUCUUUUUUCUGUUGGCACGUGCAAUUAUGCGCUGCAUGUCAAUAUCGUGAACGGUUCGAAUCCCCUACUUUAAUGUAACGUAGCACAUACGAUAAGCAUAUCUUCUAAAUGUUUUGCGGCAAUUUUGCCUUGCUUUCUUUGUUCUCUCCGCUUCUAGAGUCUCCUCAGUACAUCCUUGCCCGAUGAGCAAGAAACAGCGUUUGAAGAACAGUUCAAAUAUAUCAUUGUCACAUCCAAUCUCGUUAACGAUAUGCCGAUCGGGCAAAGCUGUGGAUCGUCCCCACCUUUGACUGACUUAGCUGACCAUUUACCCGAUAAUAUCAGUGACCAGGACACGGCUAGCAGGGACAGCCAGGCUAGUCGCAAACGGUGCAUCAUCUUUCUUUCACUGAUUGCAUUAUCAGCCAUUAUCUCCUUCUAUUGGAAUUACUCGGUGGCUGUGGAUUUCUCCCGAAAAAGUGUGAUCGCUGCGUGUCUCGGACUUUCGCACUCCAUAGGUGUUUUCAUUCUUUAUCGCAAUUAUCGACACGCAAAUAUUAGGCAUAUUCACAGCAAAGCACUGCAUGAAAUCCACGAAAUAUUCUCACUAUCGCAGCGAUGUGAUCCGAUUGUCAUCCGGUUGUUAGAUAAAAUCCGAAAAAUCCAACUAAUUUCCCAAGGGUACACUCUAGCGCCACCCGGUUUGCCUCCGCGUUUAGCUACCAUCACAUCGCAACAAUCAUCACGACAAACUGCUCACAUGGUCAAAAUGCUUGAUGAGUUGCUACGCCCCCAUUAUCAAAAAACGGUAUCCUUUCUAGCGCAGAUUCAUCCUCUAACCGACCAACGAAGCAUCACUCGGCUUAAAGACAUGUACAAUUUGGAGGAUUCUCCUUCUUCUCUGCGCGACGUGUCGCCUGAAAACGCUACUUUAUCUUCGGUUGUUACGUUAGAUGAUUUGGAUCACAUCAGCCAUGCUAUCCGCUGGAAGCGCAGAGAAUUUGUCAUGCAUUUCCUCGCACUGGACAUUAUGACCACGGGUCACGAUUCGGAAAGACGCGACUAUGAAAAAAAUUGGAAUCGUGUCAUUCAAAUCAUGACCAAUAUCAAGCGUGAAUUUAAACAAUAUUUAGGCGAUCUCCAAACGUUGUUGACAACCGAAAAUUUCGAUGAUGGCUUGGAUGACGACGCUGACCGCCAUGAACCCAUUGAUCGACGUGCCCAAUUGCUAUUGAACCGAUUUUCGACCCUUGAAAACUGCGUCAAGAACAUCCAAGCGAAGCUAUUCCUUUGUCGUCAUGAUACGAAAGCGCUUUCCGCUGGACGUGCUGCCCUCUAUAGCAUGGAAAGAAUCCAUGAAAGAUUUCAAAACAUUGAUCAAGAUAUCACUCAUUUCAUUGCUCAAUGGCAAGAAUCUCAGGACACAUUGGCCUUGUUAAGCCAAAAAGAGCAAACGCACACACCACAUACCCAUCUGCCUUCUCCUCCAUCAUCGCCAAAAGAGCAAGAAAAUGCGGUAGCACCGACUGGCAGUCCCAUCCCAGGCAAUAAAAUCACCCCUUCACCUCUACAGAAGCGCAGAACCACGGGACGGCAUCCUCUUAUGACAGCUGUCAGAAUUGCCGCUUUUCUGGACAACAACCAUCGUUAUCGACGGCCCUCAGACCAUAAUGUCAAGCAACCUCUAGAAGAACGCGAGUCAGUAGAAUAACCCACAUGACAUUCCCUUUCCCAUCAUUUGCGAUCACUGUUAUCCCGAGCUGUAGAUUCGAUUAAUACCAUCCUAUAUCAUCUUCUAUCGAGUCAUCUAGACGUCGAUCUUUUGUAAUAUAUAACACAUGUUUUCCGCCACAGAACAUGCCUUCUUCAUGUAUGUCUAAUGCUUGGAGUUUCUUGAUUCGCAUUUGAACCGGG